AGGUCAGCUGCUAUUUCUUCUAAUUUUAUAAUGGUAUCUACCGCCGCUAAAACAUUUGGCAGCAUAAUCAGAGAUGUGUCACCGAUUUACUAUAGAAUCCUCUCCAAAUUUCCUCAAAACUUCACAUUUUGCUUCGCAUAUGGCUCUGCUGUGAAACCACAAGUCGGAAAUCAGAAUAAACAUAACAUGAUCGACCUCAUAUACUGCGUCGAUAACUCUUAUAGAUGGCACGGAUCUAACAUUGAACAAAAUCCAUCGCAUUAUUCAGCACUUCGAUUUCUAGGCAAAGGAUUUGUUGCAAGAUUCCAGGAGAAUUGGGGGGCGAAAGUAUAUUUCAACACCCUUGUUGAAUUAAAAGAAGAAAAUGUGACAAUCAAGUAUGGUGUUGUUUCUCAAAAGGACUUAGUUGGUGAUCUACUCGACUGGACUGACUUAUACCUUGCGGGCCGUCUACACAAACCAGUAGAGAUCAUUAAACAAACCAACAGUUCUCAAUUGCAAAGUGCUUUACAAUCCAAUCUACGCUCUGCAGUUCACACAGCGCUACUUAUUCUACCAGAAACAUUUUCUGAAUAUGACUUCUAUUUUGCCAUUUCUAAUUUGAGUUAUGCUGGAGAUUUUAGAAUGACAUUUGGGGAGAACAAAAACAAAGUGAGAAACAUUGUCCAGCCCCAGUUAGUAAAUUUUCGUGAACUGUACAGACCUAUCUUGCAACAAUUCCAUACAUAUGUAGACUUUCCCUCGGGUGAUGCUCAGUGCCAUCAAGAUUUACAUCCAGAAACAAAAUUACAUCACCUCAUGCAGCUACCAAUGGUGCCACAACAAAGAAUAGUCAAGUUCUGGAACCAUGGUGGUCCUCAACAAGAUAUGGAGGAUGUGUUACGUGCUGUAGCAUAUGAUAUUGAUUGUCCUGUGAUAUUAAGGCAGAUUUUAAAGGACUUAGUUUGGCAAUCAAGCGUACGACAAUCAUUAAAAGGCAUUUUAACAGCUGGUUUCUUAAAGUCUUUACGCUACAGUGUAAAAAAAAUUGCCAAAAUGUUUUAAGGCUACUGUGUUCUAUUACAUAGAUAGUUUAUAUGUAUAUAUAAAUAUAUAUAUUAAUAAUAAAAUCAGUUGUUAAGUAA